CAGGUGCGAUGGGCAGGGUUUGACAAGUUGGAAUGCGAGAGUGGUUAUACCCGUAGGGUCCUUUUGUUGGGAUAUAGAACUGGUUUUCAGGUCUGGGAUGUUGAGGAAUCCAAUGAUGUGCGGGAAUUAGUAUCAAAACAAGAUGGUCCUGUUGCAUUUCUUCAAAUGCUUCAGAAGCCGCUCGCUUCUAUAAAAUCAGAAGAUAAAUUUGCUGAUGUUCGACCCUUGCUGGUUGUUGUCGGGGAUGCAAGUAAUAAUAUUCAAGCUGGGUUUGGGUCUGCAUGCGAUGGGAGUGCCAGUGGCUACCCUGAGCUUGGAAAUGGGAACAACAUUGGACCUACAGUGCUGCAGUUUUAUUCUGUGAAGUCUCAUUCUUAUGUACAUGCUUUGAAGUUCAGGUCAGCUGUUUACUCGGUUCGAUGCAGUCCCCGCAUUGUGGCUAUUGCUCAAACAGCUCAGGUUCAUUGUUUUGAUGCUGCAACCAUUGAGAGUGUAUAUAUUGUGGUCAGCAACCCUAUAACAUCUGGGUGCCAUGGCCCUGGAGGCUUGGGAAUGGGUUAUGGUCCCCUUGCAGUGGGUACUAGGUGGCUGGCUUAUAGUGGAAGUCCUGUUAUUGUAAAUUCGAAUACAGGGCGUGUUGCUCCUGCUCCAAAUCCAUCGGCUGCUCCAAAUGGGAGCUUGGUUGUACGCUACGCAAAGGAAUCAAGCAAGCAAAUUGCUGUUGGUAUGGUUACGCUUGGUGAUAUGGGUUAUAAGAAGCUGUCCAAGUAUUGCUCUGAUCUUCUUCCUGACUGUAGUAAUUCUUAUAGAGUAGUGAACUCUAACUGCAGAUCAAAUGGUAUCGUUGGACAUGCAAUUGAAGCUGAACAUGUUGGAAUGGUCAUCAUCAGAGAUAUCAUUUCUAAGUCUGUAGUUACACAAUUUAGGGCCCACAAGAAUCCUAUUUCAGCGUUAUGCUUUGAUCCAAGCGGGACGUUACUGGUUACAGCUUCAGUUCAAGGACACAACAUUAACAUUUUUCGAAUCAUGCCACCUCCCCUUGGAGAUUCCCCUGUCUUUGACUUGUUCCCAUCAUAUACUCAUCUUUAUAGGCUCCAACGUGGGUUUACAAAUGCGGUUAUCCAGGACAUCAGUUUUAGCGAUGACAGUCGGUGGAUUAUGAUCAGUUCUUCCAAGGGAACGAGCCAUCUCUUUGCAAUUUCUCCUUUUGGUGGAAACAUGGGUCCACAGUCAAAUGAGGCUACUAUGGUCAACAGUGGUCAUGAUGGAAUGUUUUCAUUUACCAGGCCUGGGGUUCGAUGGCCACCUACCUCAUGUUCUUCAAAGCAUAAUCAUUUUGUGCCUGGUUCUCCAAUCACUUUGUCGGCAGUGAGCCGAAUAAGGAAUGGGAAUAAUGGAUGGAGGGCUACUGUGAAUGGGGCUGCUGCUGCUGCCACUGGAAGGGUGAAUAAUGCCCUUUCUGGUGCUAUUGCUUCUUCCUUUCACGACUGUAAUAGUGGGUCAUAUUUGGAUUCGAGAAUAAAACACCACUUAUUAGUCUUUUCUCCAUGUGGGUUUGUCAUUGAAUAUGGAUUACGCCUAACACCUGGAGAAGAGAGGUUAAAGACCGUAUCUGAUGCUUCGGGUCCUGGCAAUAUCUAUGAAUCAGGUCAAGAUCAAGAUAUGAGGUUGGUCAUUGAGACUCUUUGGAAAUGGAAUGUUUCUCACAGGCAAAACAGAGCAGCAGAGGAAGAAAAUGUUGACAUUUACGGCGAAUCUGGAGACAGCUAUAAACUUCUACCUAAGGGGUACAAAAAUAGUGCAACUGUCUACCCUACUAAUAGUGGUAUGCCCAAGAGAGAGAGGCUUACAUCUGAGGAGAAGCACCACUUGUAUAUCUCUAAUGCUGAACUGCAAAUGCAUCAUGCACAAACACCUAUAUGGGUCAGACCUGAGAUGUACUUCCAAGUGUUUCUGAUGGACAAUGUGAGAAUGGAAAACUUAAAUGACUUGUAUGAGGAAAUUGAAAUUGAAAGGGUUCCAACUCGCACUAUUGAAGCAAGGUCUAAGGAUUUGGUACCAGUGAUUGACAGUCUGCCGAAUUCCAAGUUCUCAGGAUUCAGGUGUUCACCUGUUUUGGUGGAUGGCCUUUGCAAUAGAUCACCACUGCAAAAGUGGGAAGCUUUUGAAGAUGGGAAACUUCCGAGGAGAAGCAGCUGUGGCUCUCUUGAUUGUUUUGGUGGUGGUGGUCGCUUAUCUACAGAAUCAACUGAGGGCUUUUUUGUAAAUACUGGAGGGAGCCCAAUGAUGGAGACCCAUCUUGAGGGUGGUGAAGAUUAGUUCGAGUUUUUAGGAGAGCAUUAAUAUGACGAUGAAGAUGGUGAUCACAUUCAUGUGGGAUCACAUUCAUGUCAUUCAUGUGGAAGAGGGUAUUGAUUGCGAAGCAGAUGGUACUGGGUUUGCUGUACAUACAGAAAUGUGAAAUAUUGUCUAUUUAUAUUAUAUUGACUUGCAUGUAAAUAAGCAAAUUGUUUUCUCUCGACUAAUGCUAUCUUGUAUAGUGGUCUUGCGGGACCCUUUGUGUGGGGGUUAUUUGUUGAAAAUGGAAUGGUGAGAGAAAUCCAUGUGCCCACCAAAAAGAUAUUUUUUUUUUUCUAAAGUUCAUGUACGUUAUGUUUUA